AUGGGCAGUCGGACUAAGAACCUGGCCACCCGCGCCACCAAUGCCGUGGUCAGCGUCAGCAGCCUGGCCGCGACCACGCUCAAGGACAACGACGGCAGCGGAGCCGGACAGGAUGUCUACACCUUCCACACCGGAGACGGCAGCGUCGCCGACGGCUGGCCCGCCCAGUCCAGCUGGGUCUCCUUCGACGACAUGUGGAAGGCCAACAAGCCCACCAUCAUGGAGUCGUGCACCCAGUUCGGCGUGCCCAACAACUCGGCCAACGAGACCCAGAACCUGUACGACGCGAUCCAGCAGGUGGCCAAGGAGUCCCACCUCGACCACCGGUUCAUCCUGGCCAUCAUCAUGCAGGAAUCCAAGGGCUGCGUCCGCGUGCACACCACCAACUACGGCGUCCGCAACCCGGGCCUCAUGCAGGAUCAUGAUGGCGCCGGCACUUGCAACGACAACGGGGUGGUCCAGAACCCGUGCCCCAAGAACGAGAUCCUCCAGAUGGUUCGCGAUGGGGCCAUCGGAACCGCCGCCGGCGACGGACUGGCCAGUCUGAUCGACCAGCAGGGCAAGACGGACGUCUCCGGCUUUUACCGCGCCGCCCGCCUGUACAACUCGGGCUCCAUCUCCGACGCCUCCAACCUGAACGUCGGCGUCGGCACCGCCUGCUACGCCACCGAUGUUGCCAACCGGCUCACCGGCUGGGUCAACGCCGCCUCCAAGUGCACCCUGAGCUCAUAG